AAUACCCUUUUAUCCAUCGAAUCACCAAAAUAAAUCUCUACAAAUGUCGAGCUGAGUACUCACUGUGUAUGUGUAUUCGAGAUUUCGAGGCAGGGAGGUUCUGUUUCUGUUUCAGAAAUGGCGGCCAGUGUAGUGCCGAUAGCCUACCAAAACAACACAUCGUCAGUGCCGGACUGGCUAAACAAAGGAGACAACGCAUGGCAGUUGAUAUCGGCGACGCUGGUCGGGAUGCAGAGCGUGCCGGGUCUUGUCAUCCUCUAUGGAAGCAUAGUGAAGAAGAAAUGGGCAGUCAAUUCAGCUUUCAUGGCGCUCUACGCCUUCGCUGCCGUCUUAAUCUGCUGGGUCACCUGGGCUUACAAGAUGUCUUUUGGUGAUCGUCUCCUCCCAUUCUGGGGCAAGGCCGGUCCUGCUUUAGGCCAGAAGUUUCUGAUCAGACAAGCGAGGUUGCCGGAGACGACGCAGUUAUACCAUAAUGGAACCGAGGAGACGGCUACGAUUGCACCGUUUUAUCCUAUGGCGUCCAUGGUUUACUUUCAGUUCGUGUUUGCUGCGAUUACAGUGAUUUUGCUAGCUGGGUCGCUCCUGGGUAGAAUGAACAUCAAGGCUUGGAUGCUUUUCGUCCCGCUCUGGCUCACCUUUUCUUACACAGUCGGUGCUUUCAGUCUCUGGGGCGGUGGAUUCUUGUUCCACUGGGGCGUCAUGGACUACUCCGGCGGCUACGUCAUCCACCUCUCCUCCGGCAUCGCCGGCUUCACGGCAGCUUAUUGGGUGGGACCGAGAUCGACAAAGGACAGGGAGAGGUUCCCACCGAACAACGUUUUACUGAUGUUGGCCGGUGCAGGGUUGCUGUGGAUGGGUUGGGCUGGAUUCAACGGUGGAGAUCCUUACACGGCGAAUAUUGACUCGUCCAUGGCCGUACUGAACACAAACAUCUGUGCAGCGACGAGUUUGCUGGUGUGGACUUGCCUCGAUGUCAUCUUCUUUAACAAACCUUCGGUGAUCGGAGCCGUCCAGGGAAUGAUCACAGGGCUUGUCUGUAUCACGCCCGGUGCAGGCCUUGUUCAGGGAUGGGCUGCAAUUAUCAUGGGAAUAUUAUCAGGCAGCAUUCCUUGGUUCACAAUGAUGGUCGUCCACAAGAGGUCGAAGUUGCUUCAAAAGGUCGAUGACACCCUCGCAGUGUUCCACACACAUGCCGUCGCAGGCUUCCUAGGAGGUCUCACCACCGGAAUCUUUGCUGAGCCAGAGCUGUGUGCACUCUUCUUGGCAGUGACCAACUCUAGGGGUGGAGUCUAUGGGGGUUCUGGUGGGGUUCAAGUCCUCAAACAGAUUGUUGGGGCUGGUUUCAUCACUGGCUGGAAUGUUGUGAUUACUACAAUUAUAUGCUUGGCAAUAAAGUUGGUGAUGCCUCUGAGAAUGUCGGAGGAGCAACUGUUGAUCGGAGAUGAUGCAGUCCACGGCGAAGAAGCCUACGCGCUGUGGGGCGAUGGAGAGAAGUAUGACUCCACCAAGCAUGGCUGGUAUUCUGAUGACACUACACACAAUAAAGUGGCCAGUGGUGUUACUCAGAUGGUCUAGGUUUAAAGAGAAGUGGGUGCUUCUUGUGAAUUAUAAUAGGAGAUAUAUAGUCAAAUUCAUGUUCAUAAGGUCGGUGAUGAUUUGUAGGGGUAAAUUAAUUCUUGUUCAUAUGUUUAUAAGUUGCACUGAAUUUUUGAGUUGAUAGAAUGAUGCUUUGAGGGUUUCAUAGUGUUGUUGGUUUCA